AGUGGUCCAUUGACUCCCAUGACAGUCAGCUGAUUUACCCCACGUGACUUGGACUUUACGGAAAAGAAAACCUACCAUGGCAGGAUCCGAGUCGUCAAGUAAAUUGCGUACUAUCAUGGUCUUUAUUGCUCUUUUAUUUGCCCUGUUAUCUACUGGACAUUGCAGCAGUCAAGUACCACUUGUAAUGUGGUCCAGUGAAGGGUACACCUUGCCACCCAUGGCAUCUCCAGCUGCUGGUCACAUAAUAUCUAAUGACCAGCUGAUGUCAUACCUAAAUUCUGCUCUGGGGUCUGCCCCACACAACGUACUUCUCUUCCUACAGGACAAGCUGAGCAAAGAGGACUUCACAAGGUAUGGGGGUGUUUUUGGAAACAAUCAUGAAAGUGCCUUUCCCAACCUGGAGGCUGCAUUACAGUCUUCCUCUUCACCGUUGGUGCUGCCUGCCCUGUCAUGGCUUGGUGCUAGUGCAGUCCCAGGUCUGCUACAGGAGAAGCUAGGUGUCUCCCCACUCAGCGUAGACCCAGACACAUUGGAGCAUCUCCGACUCAAUGCAUCAGACAACACUCUGCUGCUUAUCAUCCUGCCCUAUUCUACUGGUGCUUACCUGUCCUGUAAGGAAGUCUUGCGUAGCAAUGAUGAGGUCAUUGGUAAAGUUCUGAGCAUCAUGAAAGCCCAGGGUGUUCCCUACACUGCUAUUUACACUGGACUCAAGCCCUCACGAGUGAUUGAGGAGCCAUCCAUGGUUGGCCAGUCUUCUAUGGGCCGGUCCUUGCUGCAGGCGGUUGUCGAUGAGGUCAAACCUCCUUUGAUGUUUAACACUACUAGUGGCCCUUGCAUCAUGCUCUGGGCCCAGAAUCUCAACGUCAGCUUUAAUAACCUGGAAUGGAUUGACCUCGGUCCAUUGACCUUUGCUCCAGGUGGCUCUGUGAGCACGGCUGGGUCCUUCUGUAAUGAAACAAAUUCACAGCUUGUCCUUGAUUAUGGAAGUUCUGUUCCAACAUACAACCCCUUCCGUCUCAUCUUCUCCAUGAGCCAGCGGCGCUACCCUGUGUCUGCACGAAACUGGUUCACCCUGGACACAGUGGAACUGUUAUUCAAUGCCGAUAAAGCCACCUACAAUGGCAGCCGGGGCAUCUACGCCCCCGCAGAGUACUCCUUCCACUGCCAGAAUGUCAACAACUUCCGUAAUGCACUGCUUGUGCCCCGCACUCAGAAUGCUACCCAGUGGAGGAUUCUCUUCACCGACUUCCAGAUCCAAGGCUUCAGUAUACUGAACAGGACAACAGAUUUCUCCUAUGCCAGUGACUGUGCUGGCUUCUUCACACCAGGGAUCUGGAUGGGCCUGAUCACCUCUCUGCUGAUGCUGCUAAUCCUCACCUACGGCAUGCACAUGAUCAUGCAGCUACGCUCCAUGGACCGCUUUGACGACCCUAAAGGCCCCUCAAUCUCAGUGCCUCAGUCAGAGUAAUGAAGACAAGAGAACGCCCCCGAGCCUGGUCCCAGAUCCGUUUGUGCUGUCUUGCCUACACCUAUGGUCAAUGUCAGAUGACAAUGUGAGUUGGCAAGACGACACAAACAGAUCUGGAACCAGGCUAACCCCUCCACUCCCCUAACUGAUGUUGCCUCCACUUUGAUUUGCUCAUGACUUAUUCGAUAUGUUCUAUUGUCAUUUGCUUACUUGCUUUAGCCACCUCCACCCUGUUCUCUGAUUGUCAGCAUUGAGCAUUCCCAUCCUCUUAGCCUUUGUCAAAUCACAUCGUAUUUGUCACAUGGUUCGUAAACAACAGGUAUAGACUAACAGUGCUUUCUUAUGGGCCCUUCCCAACAAUGCAGAGAGAAAUAAUAACAGAAUAAAUACACAGUGAGUAAUGAUAACUUGGGUACCAGUACCGAGUAGAUGAGCAGGGGUAUGAAGUAAUUGAAGUAGAUAUGUACAUAUAGGUAGGGUUAAAGUGACUAGGCAACAGGAUAGAUAAUCAACAUUGGCAGCAGCUUAUGUGAUGAGUCAUGAGUUAGUGCAAAAAGGGUCAAUGCAGAUAGUCCAGGUAGCUGUUGGUUCCAAACGUGGGACAUCGGUAACGCUUGCCGUGCGGUAGCAGAGAGAACAGUCUAUGACUUGGGUGGCUGGAGUCGGACAAUCUUUAGGGCCUUCCCCUGACACGGCCUGUGUUCCACUGACACCAUGUGUUUCUAUGUCUGUGUUACCCUUUUAUCUUGCAAGGCGGUACAUUCCAUAGCCUCUCUCUUCAUCUGCACUUUCCCAAAGGAAACCGCAUGAUGUACUGUUAAUACUCCUCUUUUGCCUUGAUACAUUCUCAGAUCACGCAUGUUUCAAUGAGUGCCAAUUAAGGGGUUUGUUUGUACAAGUAAUAACGCUGAUUGUCAGAGAGAAACUUUUGUUGCCAAUUUAAUUAAUGUGAUUGUAGCAUGUUGUGGGACUGAUUUAGUUGUAUUUCACUUCCUUUGUAAGUUUCUCAGCUGUGUAAUUUAAAAAGAUAACAUAAUAAUAAUAAUGAAAGAAUUGCAUGUACAUAUGAAGUUGAACGUAUGUGUGCAGACUUAUGCUAUUGUCAAUGCCUACCCUAAAUAUUGCUGUUGGAAAUGCCAGUGGGAUGAAUUUGAGAUCACAGAAUGCUGUGCAAAUUGUUUUGUAUCACUUUGUUCCAAAAAGACAGUUUUACACAACAAUGCUGGCCUGUUUAUUUAUUAUUAUUGACAAGUAUAAAGUUAUGCUGAAAUUACAUGAAAUGUCAAAACUAUCAGGGACCCUCAUGCCCUUACACAUACAGUACCAAAUGUAUACUCAAAUCCAAUGCUUUGCCAUCUUGAAGCAACUCGUGUAAUUUAUUAAGAAUAAAAAAUGUGCCUCUUAAACACUAUCCUUUGAGGCCCAGUGGAGUCAAAA